CUAAUCUUUAACUUUAAUGCUUUUAUGCUUCGUACGUUCCGAAGCACAUCUCGAUUAUUCCAAACAUCAUGACAGACUCACAUAAGCGUGUCGGCCUGAUUGGUCUUUCAGCAAAAGGCACCUGGGCAUCUCAAUCCCACCUCCCUUACUUCCAAAAGACCUCCAAAUACAAGAUUACGGCCCUUCAAAACAGUUCGCGAUCCGCUGCUGAAGCAGCAGCUAAGAAGUACUCCUUGGGCGGCGUCUCGACACAUGACAGCCCGACCUCGAUUGCUCAAGAUCCAAAUGUCGAUAUUGUAGCUGUCAGCGUCAAUGUACCUCAGCACUACGAUCUCAUCCAGCCAGCACUUGAAGCAGGCAAAGAUGUAUUUUGCGAGUGGCCACUCGCUCGGAACGCUGCGCAAGCUGAAGAGCUAGUGAAUUUAGCGAAGAAAAAGGGAGUAAAGACCUUGGUCGGACUACAAGCGCGUCAAAGCCCGUCUAUUAUUAAGGCGAAGGAAAUCGUUAGCUCUGGAAAGUUGGGAAAAAUCCUCGGAACGACAAUGUUCGGCCACGGCUUAGUUUUCGGAGGAAAAGUAAUAACAAGCCAACUGUAUUCACUGCCUAUUGAAGCGGGAGCUAACCUAUUGACUAUACCUUUUGGUCACGCCGUUGACGCAUUGUGCUAUGUUUUGGGUAGUGAAUUACAGGGUAUUCUUGCUACCCUGUCCAACAAUUUUCCCGAGGUUGUUCAUGUCGAUGAAGAUGGCAAGCCGAUUGAAAAGCUUAAAAAGACAGCGUAUGACUUUGUCAGCAUUACGGCGUCGCUCAUAAAUGGUGGUGGCAAUGUCGCCGUGACAUACGCCCCAGAACAAUCCCGCUCUGGACAUAACUUCUACUGGCAAAUCGUUGGCUCGGAGGGUACUCUGGUUCUUGAAGGGGGCAUGAGCGGCCAUGUUCAAAUGUUCCAGCCAUCUGUCAAAUUGGCAGUCGGCGAGGGAGAGCUUAAGGAAGUCGAAGUCGAAAAGGCAGAUGACUUUUCCUUCAGUGUGGGGAAAGCCUGGGACGCGUGGGCCGGCAUUGGGACGGAGAACGGAUACAGUACCACGACCUGGGAGGAAGCGCUCGUGAGGCAUAAGAUGAUUGAAGCUAUUUAUCGCAGUGCAGACAAGGGCACGCGUGAGAACUAUGUUUAAGCUUCAUUAAUAUCUCUGGCCAGCGCUAGCGCAGGAAGCAAUGCACCUCGGUUGUGGCGCAUAGUACUAGUAACGAGCGCUCCUCUAAGUAUCUUGGUCGAACUGGGACUUCCCAUCAACACAAAACCAUCAUGGAAUACUUCUACUAGGGCCCUAGCUGCGAAAUUUCACUCUCUACAGUAUAACAUAACUAAGUUACGUCAGAUCCACAAUUGUUCUGACCAAUCUGGGUAAUAAUUGCUGUUCACAGCCACCAAGCCUUCUAUUUGCCCGCUUA